AUGAGCGAAUACACUGAAGAGUUUUUGUCGAACCUGGCGAAAUCCCUAUUCAAUGCGAUCAAUUCAUCUACGGGGAAACUGCCUGAAAAAAUCCGGGAGAAACUACAGUACUUACCGGUUGGUAUCCGCAGGAAAGUAAUGCAGAGAACGUUCGAUGGUGCUACGGCCUUAUCCAAAGCCUGUGUAGUUGGAAACGUUGAAAUUAUUGACUAUCUUGUGAAGGUUUGUGACGCUGAUAUCGAACAGAGAAGUAUCGAUCCGCGCAGUGAGGAUUGCCCGAUUGCCCCUCUGAUUUUGGCCAGCAAAUACGGUAGAUUAGAGGCUGUCAAACAUCUCAUCCAGCUUGGUGCGAAUGUAAAUGUUACCUCCAAGUGCGGUUCAACGCCAGCACUAAUUGCGUGUAGCCGAAAGGAUUCCGAAAUGAUUCAAUAUUUGGUGGAGAAAGGUGCCGACGUUAGCAAACCGAAUAGCAGAGGUGAAACUUGUUUCUUUAACUGGAUAAAAUCGCUUCCGUAUGGUUUUGAAAAUCGGGAUAAGAAAAUCAUUCAACUGUUGUUGAAAUACGGAGCUGACCCAUUCGUAUCGUGUGGCGGAAAAGACGCUCUCCAGUUUUUGUGUACGAAACGGAAAUUUCCAAUGGUAGCUUACCUUAUGGAACAUAUCAAUUACCCACUAGAGAAAAUAGCCAACACAAUCGAGCUGGUCGGAGCUAUAAUGGGCUUGGUUUAUAAUAAUCAGGUUGCUGCAGUUGCUUGGUGGCGAAAGUCUUUUCGCUUUCGGAUGAACGGUACCAAUAACAUCCAGAAACGGCCAGUAAUUCCUCCACAAUCGAUCUACGGAAAUGUUCUUGAAUUCCAAACCCUUGCCGAGUUGGAACAGAUCGCCGUUAGUCGUGACGCGAUAGUUAUUCAAAGUUUGUUGAUUUUUGAGAGGAUAUUAGGAGUUCACGACCCCGAUACCUUGGUGUAUAUGAUAUUAUUCGGUCAUUACUGCCAACAAAACAAACGAAUGCAGAUGUGUGUGGAUGUGUGGAUGUUGGUGCUGCUGAGACAAAAAGACGCCAUAAUGGGAUCUAUUGUUUUGGGUACUGUACAGAGAAUUACGGGCUUCAUGCUGAACUUAAUCCAUGGAAGAAAUUCGAUUGUACCACGAUUUGGCGACGCUUGGACCGUAUUUCAGAUGUUGGCCCUGAACGCCAUCGAGUCUCGUCAGUUGGUAAUGACCGCGGAACAACAGAGAUACUUUGAUCGCACAGUCCAUUACAUAUCGUAUCUAAUCGAUGUCCUGCUCUCCGUUGCUCAAAGCGGCGGAGAACGUAAAAUGGUCAAUGAUCUCGUUCGGAUACUGGUCCACAAAAAUAUUCGAUGCAUAACGACAGGUGAAACACUGUUACAUCUGUCCUCUAAAUGUGGAAAUUUUGAGUAUCCUUUGGGUGGUUCUGGUUUCGAGCAGAUGUUCCGCAAUGGAAACGUGACAAAGUUGCUGCUGGAGUGCGGUGCCCAUAUUGAUCUACCGGAUGCGUUCGGCAUUCGGUCGUCAGAUCUACUCGCAAAAAAUCCAUACAACAAAAUUUUCCUGAUCGACCACGUCUCACUCGAAUGCCUUUGUGCAAAUUUCAUAGUCGCGAAAGGAAUUCCCUAUCGGGACCUUGCUCAGGUGGUGCGGGAUCAAGAACUUGCCGUCGUAGUAUACGAAUUUGAUAUUGAAGUUCAUGACUUGGAGACCUGA